GCGGGGCCGCGCUGCAGCCUCGGCCGGGGAGCGCCGCGCCUGCACCGCCGGGCCGGGAGGAGACAUUCCAGCAGCUGCGCGUCUUCUGCUCCCGGUUCUUACUCCCCUACGAAGCUCUACGAAGCCAAGUUAUGUCCACAGCUACUCUGAUCACCUUGGUGCGGAACGGGGGGUUCCAGGUGAGAAGGCGAGCCGCGCUCACGUCGCGCCUGCUGCAGGACGAGAAGCGCCCCGCAGCCGCCUGCUCCAUCUCCACCUGCGAGCGCCGCGCCUCCCGCUUCGACCCCGAGGGGAGCGGGCGGCCCACCACAUGGGACAGCUUCGGCAUCUGGGACAACCGCAUCGACGAGCCCAUCCUCCUCCCGCCCAGCAUCAAGUACGGGAAGCCCAUCCCAAAGGUGAGCCUCAACAACGUGGGCUGCGCCAGCCACAUCGGGAAGCGAAAGGAGAACGAGGACCGGUUCGAUUACGCUCAGCUGACAGAGGAUGUCCUGUACUUCGCGGUGUACGAUGGGCAUGGCGGGGCAGCGGCUGCAGACUUCUGCGAGAAGUACAUGCAAAAAUAUAUUAAGGAAUUUCUUGCUGAGGAGGAGAACUUGGAAAAUGUUUUGAGUAAAGCUUUUCUAGAAAUAAACAAAGCAUAUGAAAGGCAUGCUAAUCUCUCUGCUGAUGCAACUCUGCUGAACUCUGGGACCACUGCAACAGUGGCUCUGCUGCGGGAUGGAAUUGAGCUGGUUGUGGCGAGUGUGGGAGACAGUCGUGCUCUGCUGUGCCGGAAGGGAAAGGCCGUGAAACUCACCACUGACCAUACUCCAGAGAGAAAGGAGGAGAAGGAAAGGAUUAAGAAGUGUGGUGGCUUCGUUUCCUGGAACAGUUUGGGACAGCCUCAUGUGAAUGGUAGACUUGCAAUGUCACGGAGCAUAGGAGAUUUGGAUCUUAAAAACAGUGGUGUGAUAGCCCAGCCAGAAACAAAAAGGGUUCAGCUGCACCAUGCAGAUGACAGCUUCCUGGUGCUGACCACCGACGGCAUCAACUUCAUAGUGAACAGCCAGGAGAUCUGCGACUCCAUCAGCCAGUGCCACGACCCUGCUGAGGCUGCCCACGUGGUCACUGAGCAGGCAGCGCAGUUUGGCUCUGAAGACAACAGCACAGUUGUCAUUGUGCCAUUCGGAGCUUGGGGCAAGUACAAGAACGGGGAGAUCACCUUCUCCUUCAGCCGCAGCUUCGCUUCCAGUGGGAGGUGGGCGUGAAGACAACGCCACAGCCAUCCUUUGCUGCUACAGGAGAACAGCUCCAUCUGUUCCUAGGCUGACUCAGUGUCUUGUCCAUCUCUUCUGUUCCCAGUGCUAGAAGGUGCCACUGCUCCCUUGGUGCGUAGUGCCCGUUGUUGCUUACGGCUGACCGUGUCUUGCUGCCCGCGUUAUUCCAGGCGGCAGCGGGGCAGCGCCCUGGGUUUGUAACCCCAGCAGCUCCACACACCACUUUGUUCACACAGAUGAGGUUCUGGGCUUUCACCUGAGGCUGGAGGGGGUGCACAGUCAUUUCAUGCCUACCUGUAUUCCCCAGAACUCUCAGUUCCCUGGCAGCUGUGAGUGCCUGAGCCACGUGCUGGCUUCCUUGUCCGGUAAAACACAGGGGAACAAACGCACAAUGUUCUUAGGUAGACAGAAAGAGGGUUUGUUGUCUUUUCUGCUGCAGUCACCCAAAACUCCCCUGUGCUCCAGGAGAAGUGGGUGAAAAAUAAAGAAGUUUCAGAAUGUUUAGAUUCUGAUUGCAGUGGCAUUUGGUGUAGCUGUACAAGUUCCUGAGACAGUGCUGCUUUAUGCUCCCACUGCCGUCAUCUAUGAUCCUCUAGCUCCAAGGAGACAGACCAGGCUGGAGCCACGUGCUGUUGGACAGAUGGGAGCCUUUCUCCAUUGGGUCCAAAGCCUGUGCAGUCUCUGUGGACCAUGCAGCAGCCCCUUGCACUGUCUUCUCUUUGCUGUCAGUGCCUGACAGAAGCACAGAGGAGGGAAAAAGACGCACAGUUUUGAUAUCCAGAGACUCUCAUCAACUUGAAUUUAUGUUUUUUUAAAUAAAGAAAAUAAGCUAAUUUCAAAGAGUUUACUCUUCAAGAUCCAAUGUGUAAGACAGUUUAUUUCUUCAUACAUGCAUGAGGAUUUUCCUUCUGCUGAAGGUGUCUGAGUUAAUUUUGAUCUCUCAUGUCUCUUCAUGGUACACAAGGAGGUAUAAAAUGCCCCAAACAAGCUAGAGAGAGGAGAGAGCAUUGUAACAAUGUAAGGUAAUUUUUCUAAGUUUUAGGUAUUGCUUCUAGUAGAUGUCAGAUAUUCAGACACCAGAAAGGAGUUUUAUACCUAAAGAAAGUGUUUCCACUUCCCUUCUUGGAGGGAAAUCUGUAUCCAGUGAGGCAUGGGGGGUUCAGAGUUCUGAUCCAGCUCAUUUCACUGCUGUGACAUGGACUGCAGGUGACAGGUUGGCACAGGUCCCAUUGUGAAGGGGGAUCUUCCCAGAAGGAAGAUCUUUCCCAGUGUGCCUUGUUCAGACCUCUUCCUUCCUCCAUUCCACACCAGCUGUCAGCUCCUAUGGCAGUGAAAUAUGGGCAGAGAAGAAUUGGUCUUUUCUCAGCCUUGCAACAGUAUUUUUCCUUCUAUGGAUGCUUCCAACAGCACAACUGUAAAAACAAAACAAAAUGAAAGAGAAGUUGCCUGAUACUAAAUCACCUUGUGACAAAAAAGAAUGCUGAGGUGCCUGGUCUGAUUCUGAUUUUCCAGUGUGAAGUACAUAUCCUCAUUACUUUUAUCCCUUUCCUUUUAGUCCAGGGUUACCUCUUAGUCAGUCACUCCAUGCAUUUUUGCUUGUCUGUGGUGGAAGGCCCAGAAACAUCCAGCAGAGGAUUGUGUUGUACUGACAGCAUUAAGUACUGGAUGUUCAGAGUGCCCUGGUUUUAUCUGUCCCAUCACUUGGUGUGUACAAAAUACUUAUUUGGGUUGUAACUGCAGUGGUGUGUGUAAAUCUCUGCUGUACUGGAUGCUGGUGCCCAGGCCUGUGUAGUGAGCACACCACUGGUUUAAAAUCCUAAUUCUCUCUCUCUCCUCAGAUUUUCCCCAGAGUUGGGGUUCAGUGUUCACCUGAGGUCAGGAUGGUUGCUGUUGGGGGUUUUUAUUUCUCCUAAUGGUGUGGUUAUCUUCUCAGGGCAAGGAUCCAUCCAUAGCUUCUUUGAAAUCUUACCAAGGAAGGGAUAAGACAAAGCUCUGUGUAACAGAGGAUGAUUAGUUUAAGGUGUAUUGGUGGUUGGUAUUGCUGCUUCUCUGCUAUUGCAGAAAUAAUUGGAUUGGGAGGGAUUCCUGGGCAUUCUUUUCUAUUGGACCCGCUGUUUUCUUUGUCCAGUUUCUUUUUCACUCCUGGGGCAAUUCCUGUUGUUGCUGCUGUUGUUUGAGUCCUGCCUCAAGCCCAGCCCUCUCAGAGCACUGAACUGAGGCUCAGUGGGCACAGGCCAGGCCCCAGUAUGGUUCAAAAGCUGCUGGUUUUCACUGGGGUGGGCAAGGCACCCCUCCAUCAGGUGACACACUGGUUAAAGUCCCAGGCUCUGGGAAGUGAUAUCUGUGCUAGGAACCUGCCCAAAUCCUUCCACACACCCUGCCAGCCAGGGAACAGCCACCUCAGGGCAUGUUUCAGUAUUGCCUCACCCACAAAUCUUCUCUUCUGCCAUGAUGACACCAGAUUCCACCAACCCACUAUAAUUAGUAGCAUUAGCAGCUCAUAUAGGCACGAACAAGCACCUCUGGAACCUGCACAAUCAUCCCCACCAAUCCAGAGUGGAGAGAGGGAGAUGUAUUCCCUUAUCCUCUUGUGGAGACAAGACAGGUCCCACAGUGCAGCAGUCCAUCCAUGCCAGGACACAGCCCAGAGCCAUUGUUUGUGCUAACACAUUCCCAAAUUCAGCCUUAUAAAGGAUAAGCAGAUAACUCCUGGCCGCCACAGGAGGCUGCCAUUGCUGUAGCAGUAACACACUGGAAACAAAGCUGCGCUUCUCGUGUCCCAUGCUGGGUUCCAAAAAGGAUCAUGGAAGGUGGACCUUGGCUGGACAUCAGUGCCCAAGCUGCUCUUAUCACUCCCUUCCUCAGCAGGGUGAGGGGUGGGGGGAGAAAAUAAAAUGAAAAAAAACCCCAAAAUCUGGUUAUGAUUAGGAAUUAAUAGAGAGUGUUACCAGCCCCUUUUCAAUACACAGCCCAGCACUGUGAGGAUGCUGGGGGAGAUGAGCUCCAUCCCAGCCAGGCCCAAUAAAUCCUUCAGGUUUUCCAUCUGAUCACUGGGCGUCCUGCAGGCCAUGGCAGCCCUGCAGGCAACCAGCUCCUGUACCCCCCAGGGGCUGGCAAGGGACUGCUCCUGCACAGCAGAGCUCCUUCAGCUUGAGGACAAAGAGCAGAUUGUCCUAACAACAGCAGCUGCCUGUCAGAGGGGUUUAUUAUUCCAGGACAGUGAAGGAUCUCACACUUUGAAUGAAACAAAAUGGAAUGUUUGCUCUCUAGCUCACUUUUCCAUGCAUCUGAGGUUUCAACAAAAAGGGCAUUUUUUGUUUAUGACAGACUAAACCAAACAUUAGGGGUGACCCGCUGAGCAAACUGCAAAAAACGUUCACUUUUUUCUACCUUCUAGAGGAUAGAUUCUGAAAUCCACUGGAUUUGGUAAGAAUAUUUUGUUGCCUGAACAUCACCCCUGGGGCAGUGGAAUCUCUCCGUACAGGCACUGCAGGAGGGUGGGCUGUGGGUGCAGAAAGGCAAAAAUGCUGUCCAGCUAAGUAUUCAUUUUCACUGUGAGGAUAUGGAAGGCACGGAGGGGCUCAUGUUGCUGGAGGAUUUACUAGGAGAGGUGUUGAGACUGCAGAUGGAUUUCCAGCUUCAGUCUCUCCACCACUUGGAAAGGUGGGGGUUUCAUGCUUUAUAGAGGGAGCUCACAAAAAAGUCGUUUGCAGCCUGGAUUUAGGAGAGCUGAUCUCUCUGGAUGAUGAACAUAGCAAGAGACUGAAAGGUGGAGAUCAGUAAUUAAUUUAAUAGAGACCCUCAUUACAGUCAUUCCCUUUGGGCUGAAAUGCUCAGGGCUGGAGAAUAAUCCUGGAGCAGCUGAAAAUGGGGGAGUGGAGAGAAAUCAGCAAUAUCACAGCUUUUUACGUAUUUGUAAAGUGAGAGGAGCUUAGACUCACCACAAGAUUUCUGCUGAGUUCCACAGGAUCAGGGUUCCAUGGGCCACAUUUUCUCUCUCAGCAUGUGGAUGUGCUGUGGUCAAAGACAUUGGGAUUAUCAGCUGAGAGAGAAGCACAAAACAACAGCUACCAUUGAAACUGUUUUAAUAAUAAUUCCUCUCAAACACCUUCAGGUGGGCAGUGCCAGGUUACUGCUCACUCAUCCAAGAAGGUGAAUGUGCAGCACAGCAACACUCCAGGUAUUCCUUGGUUCCAAACUGCUGUUCUGAAUGCAGAAAUGCAGAGAUACACAUCAGGUGCCCUCUUGACCCAGGGUAUGGAGUGCUUGGGCAGUGGUGCCUGUCCAUAACUUUAUCCAGACUUAAGUGCAAUUGUGUACAUUUGUUACAUGCUUUGCCUUGGGGCUGUGUGCAAUUCCUGUGGUUUGAUAUUUAUCUUUGGUGUAAUUGGUGUUGGAAUUUCAUCUACUAUGAAAUUUUACAGAGGUGUCCAUCUUGCUUUUUUUUUUUUUUUUCCUUUAAAAAUGUUUUUUCAUCUUCAUCAACUCAAAGCUACAGUAGAGCAGCUAAGUCUGUACUGGAAUGCUUACAAGAUCUUUCAAUAAAGAACUGGCUUCUAGGA